AUGUCGAUGAUAUGCUGGAUCGGGCUACUGCUUAGCCUUUAUUCAGUAGUUCAUGUUUCCAAUGCACAAUCAUGUUGGAGAGAUGUCUCCUGUUCCGGCCCAACAGAAGGUGCAUUUAGUGGAGUAUGGGAUAAGAACAUCUAUGCGCCAUCAUCACGAACAGUCCGACCAGCCUCGAUUCUCUCUGAUUUAAAAACCAAUGCAAUUGCAGACUCAGCUCAUCCGGCGACAGCAAAACUCCACGGAAAUGGGUCGCUCGUGGUUUUCGACUUCGGGAAAGAAGUAGGAGGCAUCGUCCACCUGCAAUACACUUCAAGUGGCAGUGGCGCUUUAGGACUUGCAUUCACCGAAGGUAAAAACUGGAUCGGAGAAUGGUCGGACUCUUCAAAUGCCCGAUAUCAUGACGGUGCCCUCUAUGCGAAUUUCUCAUCAGCUGGGAGCCACUCCUAUGCCAUGCCUGACAAGUACCUCCGUGGAGGAUUCCGAUACUUGACACUCUUCCUGAUCACAGAAGAUUCUACGACUGUGCAGCUCAAGGAUGUUAGUCUUGAAAUUGCGUUUCAGCCUACUUGGUCAAAUCUUCGCGCGUACCAGGGAUACUUUCACUGCAGUGAUGAAUUGUUGAACCGCAUUUGGUACAGCGGGGCGUACACGCUGCAGACAAAUGAGGUUCCUGUCACCACUGGUCGCAUUAACAGUGGGGUCACCUCUGGCUGGUUGAACAACGGUACCCUCGGUCCUGGUGAUACAAUAAUUGUGGAUGGUGCCAAGCGUGAUCGUGCGGUCUGGCCUGGUGACAUGGGCAUUGCGGUUCCGUCUGCUUUCGUGAGUUUGGGAGAUCUUGAUAGUGUCAAAAAUGCGCUGCAGAUUAUGUAUAACACUCAGGAUAAGUCAACUGGUGCAUUUGACGAGUCGGGGCCACCGCUCAGUCAGAAAGGCUCGGAUACGUAUCAUAUGUGGUCGAUGAUUGGCACACACAAUUAUGUGCUGUACACAAAUGAUACGGCCUUUCUGGAGACGAAUUGGAAUGGAUAUCUUCUUGCUAUGGAUUUUAUCUACGGUAAAGUGACAUAUCCCAGCGGUCUAUUGAAUGUGACCGGGAUUCGGGACUGGGCUAGAUGGCAACAGGGAUAUAACAACACAGAAGCUCAGAUGAUCCUUUAUCAAACCCUAAAGACUGGAGCCGAGCUGGCAACAUGGGCCGGCGACACUACCAAUCUGACCAACACGUGGAACUCAAGAGCCGAAUCUCUCAAGAAAGCCAUUAAUGAAUACUGCUGGGAUGAUGGAUACGGUGCAUUCAAGGACAACGCCACAGACACCACGCUUCACCCACAAGACGCAAACAGCAUGGCCAUUCUCUUUGGAGUAGUCGACUCUGACCGCGCAGCAGGUAUUUCAGAAAAGUUAACCAAAAACUGGACUCCAAUCGGAGCAGUAGCCCCCGAGUUGCCUGAGAAUGUGGUUUCCUUUAUUUCAUCAUUCGAGAUCCAAAGCCAUUUCGCCGUUCAGAACCCCACUCGUGCUUUGGAUCUGAUACGGCGCAGCUGGGGCUGGUACCUCAAUAAUCCCAAUGGCACAGAGAGUACAGUUAUCGAGGGCUACCUGCAAAAUGGAACAUUUGGAUACAGAAGUAGCCGAGGAUAUGGUUACGACCCUUCAUACGUUUCCCACGCACAUGGCUGGUCGUCAGGCCCCACAUCAGCGUUGACGGAGUAUAUUGUCGGUCUCUCGGUGACCUCACGGCUAGGCGAGACAUGGACCAUUGCACCGCAAUUUGCAGACUUGAAAUAUGCCCAAGCCGGUUUUGUAACCUCACUUGGAAAGUUUCAAGCUUCUUGGAAGAAGAAGUCUGAUGGGUAUUCGCUGAGUUUCUCGGUUCCCAAGGGCACGACUGGGAAUGUUGUUCUACCAUAUCCAACUCCAUCUAAAAGACCGUCGAUUAAGAUGAACGGCGCGAAGAUCCAUACCGGAGUGGUUUAUGGGGAUUCAACUGCUACUAUCACCGUGAAAAAGGGUGGCUCUCAUACCUUUGUUGUUAAUUAG